AUGGCCCGGGGGCUGCAGGCCCGACUGGAAGAGAGCGCUGACCUUAUUCGUUCCCCUACCUCACCUGUCCCGGUGACCGCCCGGUCAGUGAUGCUGGACAGAGCCGAGAACCUUCUGCACGACCACUACGGCGGGAAGGAGUACUGGGACACCCGGCGGAGCAUGGUGUUCGCCAAGCACCUGCGGGCCGUGGGGGACGAGUUCAGGAGCAAGUACCUGAACUCCACGGACGAAGCCGACAGGAUCCCCUUCGAGGAGGACUGGACCAAGAUGAAGGUCAAGCUGGGGUCCUCGCUGGGGGGUCCGUACCUCGCGGUUCACCUGAGGAGGAAAGAUUUCAUCUGGGGCCACAGGGAGGACGUGCCCAGUCUGGACGGGGCCGUGAAGAAGAUCCGCAGCCUCAUGAAGACCCACCAGCUGGACAAGGUGUUCGUGGCCACGGACGCCGUCAGGAAGGGUCCUGCUCCCCUGGACUCGGUGACCCCCUCGAUCACACGUGUCACCGAGGAGCACACACAGGGCCUCCGGAAAGGGAGGGCGGGCUCUGUGUCACUGCCCGAGAGGUUCUUCAUCGGGACCUCGGUCUCCACGUUUUCUUUCCGGAUCCACGAGGAGAGAGAGAUUCUAGGGCUCGACCCCCGGACGACAUACAACCGGUUCUGUGGGGACCUGGAGGAGGCGUGCGAGCAGCCCACGCACUGGAAGGUUGCCUACUGAGCCGGCACCCCGUGGACCCCACCUCCUGGACUCGCCUUACACGCGAA